AUGCAGAAAAAUAGUCCUAGGGUUACUGUUGUAGGGACGAUGGAGUUUGUUGGUUCAUCAACUCAUAAGAAGCACAAAGCAAAAGCAAAGGAUGAUAUAAUCAGCAACCUACCGGAAUCACUUAUAACUCGCAUUCUCUCGUUUCUUCCUACAAAAGACGCCGUUCGAACAAGUGUGUUAUCUAAAAGAUGGAUUGAAAAGUGGACAUUAAUCACUAAGGUGGAAUUGAAUGAUAGCGUGUUAUAUUCUUCCAAGAAGAAGAAAUCAAGUUCAAGUGAAAAACAGUGCUUCAUAAACUUUGUCAACAGAGUACUUCUUUUUACCGGAAGUCACAGUAUGGAAAGUUUUUCUCUUGUUAUUACUAGCAAACAUGAUCUAACCCUUCUAAAUACCUUGAUCACUUACAUCUUGAAGAAAAGGGUAAGAAGACUUUCUAUCUCUUUGCGUGAAGGUCUUCUCUUCUCUGCUCUUACAUCUCACUACCUUUUCAAUCAUGCCACUUGUUUAGAACAAUUGGUACUCGCUACGAGUCAUUUUGCUGCUAUCAGAAUCAAAAUCCCACUCUAUAAGAUUUAUGGUGUUUUUCUUUUUACAAAUCUAAAACUACUCAAGCUGUCUAGAGUUGUAUUUACAGUUGACAAAUCUCAAGGUAUUGUUUUUCCAGUAUUGAAAAAGUUUGAGACACAUAACUGCUCAUGGUUAAGUGCACACGAUGUCACUUUAGAACUAAAAGCACCUCUACUUGAAAGUGUUUACAUAACACAAGACUAUAUGUCACUAAUUGACCAGCCACGUCUCUGCAAAAUCAAAUUUUCUGAUUCAAAUCUGAAAGAAUUCACUUAUCGCGGUGAUGAUUUGUCACAAGCUAUUGUUCUGUCAGAUCCAUCUUCAGCUUGCAAUGCUACUGUUAGCAUCACUUUGAGUAAUAAUAGGAAUAUCGUUCAAGGAUCUGAAUCGUGUGUCUGUCUCCUUCUCAAGCAAUUUAGUCAAGUAAAGAGGAUCAAAUUUGAGGUAUAUAAGUUUUGGAUACAACCAAAUCUCGCAAGUGUACCUAAAUUUGCAAUGUUGAGCUAUUUGGAACUUGUUGGCUUGGUUAGUGUUGAAGUUUUGUUGUGCUUAAUUCAAAAGUGUCCUGUUCUCAAUACUUUAGUAUUCAAGGAAAUAUUGGAAUUCAACCAUGAGCUUCGUAACUCUGCUGCUGUGCCAGAUUGCUUGGCAUCCACUCUCCAAGUUGUGAAAUUUGGAGAUGUCCAUGGAGACGAACAUGAGCUUAUAUUAGCUAAAUAUUUAAUGGAAAAUGGUACAGUGCUCGAGAGGAUGAGUUUCUCCUUUGCCGAUGCACCUUUGGGUAAGUCCAACUCUAAGGUCAUUGAAGAAUUUAAGGAGAAGCUGUACUCAUUUAAGAAAGGAAUCUCUUUUGCCAUACUUGAAUUUUCCUAUGAUUAUUAG